AUGUAUUUUCUAGCUUCCAGUAUUUCUCAAUUUCUAACUUUUAAUUUUGCUCUUCUCACAAGAAUGCUUCAAUAUGGUUAUACUAUUCAAACAGUCAAUACUGUUGUCUGGUUUUGUAAAAUUCGCUAUUAUUUGUUCUAUAUUUGUGUUGCUAUACCACGUUAUUUGAUUAUUUUGGCAUCGAUUGAUCGUUACUUGGCAAGUUCUUCUGAUAUUCAGCGACGCCAAUGGAGCACACCUAAGAUUGCUAUACGAUUGAUUAUUGGCAAUGUUUUAUUUUGGUGUGUAAUUUACAUUCAAAUUCCUAUUUUCUAUGAAAUUCAUAAUGGUGAUUGCUCAUUCAGAAAAGGUGUUUAUGGCAUAUUCUUUUGUAUCUAUUUAUUAAUUGAAAGUGGAAUAUUUCCACCAUUGAUGAUGAUUAUUUUCGGACUUCUUACACUCAAUAAUAUUCGAAGAAGCAAACGAACGAUAAGACCAUUACCAAUAGUUGAUAUUAUUCAACUUUCACAAUUUCCUGUAAUGUCAAGAAAAGAUUUACUAAUUUCUAAAAUGUUAUUUAAUCAAAUAUGUCUUUGGAUUAUUUUGAACAUGUUCAAUCCUUGUUACCUUCUUUAUAGAACAAUAACAAUUUAUGAUAAUAAAUCAUCUCUUCGUUUAACAGUUGAAUUAUUUCUUAACAAUAUGAGUUAUUAUUUUAUUUAUCUUGAAUUUUCUUUAACAUUUUUUGUGUAUACUUUAUCGUCACCAUUAUUCAGACGUGCUAAUCCAAAUGUUCCUGAAAAAGAUAUAUAUGCUUCUCGACCUAUGGAUAUUGCUGUACUCAAUGAUGAUCCUGAAAUGAUUGAAUUACUUCACCAAUAUGGUGCUUCUUUAAAUGGACUUAAAUCAAUGUUUCAUCUUACACCACUUGCUGAAUCAUUUACUCGAGGAUAUUUUGAUGUAUUCAAAGUUUUAUUAGAACUUGGUGCUAAACCAAUAUUAAACCUUGAUCGAAAUAUAUUUCGUUCAUUUGGUACACAAUUAUUUACUACAGGUACAAAAGGACGACAACAUUUUAUACAAUUAAUGUAUGAUCAUGGAGGUAAUAUUGAAUCUCAAUUUAAAUUACACGCAAUACGUAUUGAACCUGAUGGUAUUAUUCUACAUCAACCACGUUUACAAUUUAGUUGUGAUCCUAUUUGUAUUGCUGAUCUUGAUCCAUCGAUAUUUACAAAAUGGAUUUGUGAAUCUCGUUCAUUGAAAGCACUUUGUCGUUUAACUAUUCGUCGUUAUUUUUUUAAUGUAUUCAAUGAUGGUUUUAAACGUCUUUCAGCUCUUAAAUUUCAAUAUCAAUUAAAUAAUCAAUUGUAUAGUUAUAUCAUGUUUAAUAAAAAAACAUAA